UUCAAAUACUUUUAUUUUAAACCCAUUCAAACAUUCAGGAUUUAAAGAUUUCUGACAUAUAAAAAUGUUUUAUUGAAUUUUGAGUACAAUUAAUGUCAUCUUUCAUUUUUAUUUAGAACUAUAAAAGAUUUUAGUUUUCUAUUUAUGUAAAAUGAAUAAAAAUCAAAAUGUUAAUUUCUAGAGAUAAAAGCUAUCAUGUUUACGAAAACAAAACAACGGUAAUGCGUGCAUAUUCUAACAUAUAGGUGACGACUCACAUUAUUAUAUGGAAAAUAUUUGGAAACAAUGAAUAUACAAAAAAUGCUACCGAUUGCAACAAAAGAUUUAGAAACUAAGGAUGGUGAUAGCAGAGGCACAAUUAAAGUUAUAGACCGUCCAACAUUCAUAUUGAAAACGAGAGAAGGCGAGAACAGAGCUGUGUCACCAAAUCAACGCAAUGGUGGUUGCAAGAAACAGGGUGAUACACCUUCCAAUGUUUCAUCAAAAAUACAGGAUCCAAUUCGUACUGUAUUAUCUACAUGUCCUGAAAUGACAAGUUGUGUAAAAUUUAUGGAUGAAAAUAUGCAACUUUGUGAGAGCCCUCUUGAAUUCCUAUAUGACCAACAAGAUUUUUUAGUUGUAGGAUGCUUAGGGGCUCAAGGUGUUGGAAAAUCAACUAUAAUGUCCUUUUUAACAUCUAAUAUUGCGUCUGGUAUAUUUCCAACUCAAGAUACAAUGCAUCACGAAAGUGGUGCAAAUUGCACUAUUGGUAUUGACUUUUUUGUAACAAAAAAUCGAGUAAUAUAUCUGGAUACACAACCCAUACUCUCAGGAUCUACUAUAGAUUACUCUACAUGUUAUGAUCAAAAAAAGUCAACGACAGAUUUUAUAAAUACAGAAACUAAUUUAGAACUGCAAUCUUUACAAUUUGCAGCAUUUCUCUUUUCAGUUUGUCACAUUAUCAUAUUUGUACAAGAUUGGUUUGUUGAUCCAAAUUUAGUUAGGUUUUUACAAACUGCAGAAAUGUUAAAACCAUCCUCGACUAGCAAUAUGGAUCAAGAUUAUGUUGAAUACUAUCCUCACAUUGUAUUCUUACAUAAUAAAGCUGAAUUACAAGAUCUCACGCCUCACAGUAUGGAAAAUGUGAAAGAAUUUUAUGGCAAAUUAUUCUCCAGUUCUAGAUUACAAAUCCAUAGUGGUUUGGAUAUGAGUAAUCAUUCUAUGGAGGCAGGUUUAAAUUUAUUUUUUAUACCUCGUAUUGUAAACGAAGAUGAAGUUACAAUACACCAGAACGAGAAAAAGCUAAUAGAAAAACUAAGAACAAAGAUACAUGGUGUUACCAGGAAUCCAAUGACACCAUCUACCUUAACAGAAAAAGAUUGGUACCACUAUGUUUCAAGAGUGAUGGAAGCAAUUAAAAAAAGUCACCUUUCCUCCGAAUAUGGGAGAUUAAUGCCAUAAUCUUCAAGUACGGUACAUAUGCGGCGAAUGACUUGUGCAUGAAGCAAUGUGCGCAGCACUAUAUGAAACGAAAGAUCGAAAUGGAGAUUGUUCAACACAAUUGACCCAUUUUUUAUAUAAAAGGGUCAUCCUUUUUUUUUUUAUUUAUUUAUAGCACAAUCUCAGAAGCAGGAAAGCAAUGAUUUCGUAACUUUUCCCAAGUUAUGUAUAAAUAACAAUAUGUAAAAGUUGAAUAAAUCAAAGAAAGAUUAGAGUAA